UAUUCUAUCCUGAAAAUUAUAUCCAAAAUAUGAUAGAUUCCAAAAAGACUAAUGAUUUAUCAUAUAUAGAUAAAGAUUCAAAAUAGAACACCCAACAGUUACCUUAGCAAACUUUAACUUAUUUUCUAUAUUUAGGAGUAAAGUCCAAGCACAUAUUUAGGAGUGGACAGACUGUUAUUCAAACAACUACAAAUAGCUGGCUCUAAAUGAAGUCUUUUGAUUUUGAUAAAACGGCAAAAACUGCAAAAAACUAAAUUUUAUAAUAUGUUCUGUAGAGGUGAUCGACAGGAUUGCAGCAAAAACCACCGUUUGAUCAGGGAUUUCACAAGCUUAGAAUUCCAGCUGGUUUUAUUUUGUAGGAGAGUCGAUUUCAAAAUUUUUAUUUUGGAGGCUAAUUAAGUUAAUGUCAUAGCCAAUUAUUAAGAUUCUUGGAAUGAAACGGAUAUUAUAAUAUGUAAUAGUUAUUGGUGGUUGGAGAGUAGCGCUUCGUACAAGAUGCUAUUGGUCUAAAAUUCUUCCUUGCAUUUGAAAUGAAUUGCUAUUAUAUUAUGCAAAGCAACAUCAUCAAAAAGUAUAAUUUAAAAGAGAGAAUUCAAUUGAACAUCCUCAAUUUGGAAAUAGAAAGUUGUUAUGGUGGGCUGUGGUAUCGACUAACAUAUUUAACUUCGUUGCUACUUGGUUAUUAUAACAAUCAACCGUAUUAACCGUAUAUUCCUAGGUACGACAAUGCUAAUUUAGGCUGUGUAGUUUUCCAUUAUGCUGCUAGUGUCUAACAUUUAGUUACUGGCUGAUUUUCAGACUAAUGACGACUGAUGGCCUAAUCUUGUUAACUGCAGACCUUUGUGUGUAUUCCUUUGUGUGUAUGCCUGGUUUUCGGAACAGUUUUUGGAAGCCUUAACGGAUAUUACUCUAUCUCUAUCUCUCUGAAUGCUUGUAUUCUUAAUCAUAUUUUGUUUAUGGCCAACUAAGAAAUAAGAUUAAAGAACAUUUUGAUCUAAAAGACUAUUUUUUGCUUAAUCUGUCGAUCUAAAUCUCAUAUGUGCUAGCUCUGUUGUCCGUUGUUUGAAUAAAUAAUAUUGCAUAAGAAAUUCUUACAUAGAUUAAACAGGAUUGGUUCAAAGAUUGAGCCUUUUGUAACACCUUUUUUUAUUCACAUUAGAAUAGAGUUUUGCUUUUGUUGGACAGUUUUGUUAUCAACAACAGUACCCAUAAUCAUUAUUUGCAAUUAAGUACGCAUCAUUGAUAAGUAUCUUUGCAUGUUUCAAAUUUUUAUUGGAAUCUUUCAUUCACAGUGUUCUCCAUGUCUUGGAAUUUUGCUUACAGUUAGACUGACUCUGUUAAGGUCUUACUAUUAAACUUAAUACCUGAAGCAUUAAUGGGUAUCUUAAUGAGUUUUACAUUGUCUGGUUUAUAAUUCCGCGACAAGCGCCGAAGAUCUUCUAGUGACUUUACGCUAAUCAAUCAUACCUUAUAUCUCGCUGGAUUUAAUGGCGUUGAUGAGUAGAUUCAAAUUCUUAGAAUUGAUAGCAAGCUAAAAGACAUAAAUGGACAACGGCAAAGACCAAUAUCUUUAGAACAUGUCGAAAACUUAUGAUUUUUUCUGAACAUUUGAAAAUACAUUGGCAUGAGAUUGACUUAAAGAUAUAGUGCAGGAUAUAUUACAAAUUACGUCGAUUAUUUUGUUAAGUAAGACAGACUUGCUUCUCGUGUUUCCUAAGACUCAUUAUAAACCUUUACUCAGAUGUUAACCGUUAGAUUAGAAAAGCACUGUAGCCAAACCAAGCACAUCCACCAUUUAGGAAGUUGCUAUAGUUUUCCCUGCAUGUUAUCGAAAUCUGAUUACCGUAAUCAAGUAUUCUCGAAUCUUAAAAAGUUUUGCGUCUCCAUUGAAAGUAGAAGAGAUAAAACCACUUCAAUUUCCUAUACAUUUAAAUAAGAUUCAGCUGUCCAGCAUUAGAAAAAAGCUGAGAAAAUAAGACUCCCCGCAGUUCUUAACUGGAAGCACAGCAACUAACAACGCACUGAAGUGCAAAAGCAUCAAUAAAAACAAGAAGUUGCUUCAAAAUCAGAAGUGCAACACCAUAUCAGUCAUUUGAUAUGUUUGAUAAAAGAAUCUUUGCUGCUUCUUUCAGUACUGUUCCGUUUGUGGCACAUCGGGGAGUAAUGCCAGCACUGUAUACCUUGAUCAUCGCCACUGUUUUUUCAAGUUGUACGUCAUUGCAUACAUCAGUUGGAAAUGGUAAGACAACAACCCCACGGGUUUUGAAGAAUGCUUUCACUACCAUGAACCCAACCACGGUUUAUGGCAUCAAGACGAGGAGGCGCAAUGAAAGUCACGUGACCACCAUGCCUAAUACAGUGGUCCCUACAAUACAUUAUUCUGCGGUAUCGAAGAUAUACGCCCAGCUGUUGUUAUCAUAUGACAAAAAGUUUCGACCAUUUUAUGGAGAAAAGCCUGUUGAAGUUAUCAUAGACUGUCAUGUUUUAUCAUUUGGUGACAUAAACGAAGUUGAAAUGGAAUACACAUUGGACGUUUAUUUCCUGCAAAUCUGGUUUGAUCCAAGAUUCAAUGUCAGUGACAAGCGAUAUGAGAAUGCAACAGUGGAGCUUAUUGGACCUCAACUGCAAGACCUAUGGUUGCCGGACACCAUAUUCGUAAACUCAAAGAGAUCAAAGUUUCAUGCUAUCACUAUUGACAACCGAUUUCUUACCAUCUAUUUAAGUGAUGGUAUGAUUGCAUACCAUUCAAGAAUAACUAUGACAGCGGCAUGCCGAAUGGACCUCCGUCGCUAUCCUUUCGACACACAACAGUGCAAGUUGGCGAUUGAAAGCUAUGGGCAUGAUCAAAAUCAAGUCAAGUAUACAUGGAGGCAAGACCAAGGCUGUCGACACGAGUGUAACAAGGUAUACAUCUAUGACAAGGACAUGGCAAACUUUGAAAUACUCGAAGCCAAGAAAACCAAGGAAGCAACAGUAUACCAUGCAGAGAAUUUUUCAAAAGCAACAGCAUCAUUUGUCUUCAGAAGGAGGCGUCAGUACUUCAUCUUUCGCAUAUAUAUUCCUUCGAUUCUCAUUGUUAUGGUUUCAUGGAGCACGUUCUGGAUAUCCCAGGAUGCAGUGCCUGCUCGAGCUGGAAUUUGCAUCACGACCAUCCUAACACUAAUCACGAUGCUUGGUGUAGUGAACACCAAUAUGCCAAAAGUGUCAUACAUAAAAGCAAUCGAUCUCUAUCUACUGGUCUCGUUCAUAUUCGUAUUCUCCUCCCUAGUGGAAUAUAUAAUAGUCUUGAACUUUGAAAAUUGCUUUUUGAAGAAAAGAAAUAGAAAGGACAACACGAAAUGGAACGAAGACCACUCACAUAUCAUCAAAACAAAUGGGAGUAUCAGCGUCACUGUGAAAGCCGAGGAAGAAUUAUCAGAAGAACAACCGUUGGGCUACUUCGGAGGAAGCAAGGGUUGUGUCCGACGUCAGUCAAGCAUAUCAUCAACACAUCGCAACAACGAUCUAAGCUUGGAGGAUAAACUUGCAAGGAAACUUAACAAAAUAAAAUAUAAUUGGCAGAAGCCCGCAAAAAGGCCUCCACCACAUCUAGUUGACUUGAUCGCAAGGGUGCUAUUUCCGUUUAUUUAUGGUCUUUUUAAUUUCAUCUAUUGGUGGACACAGAUAAGAUAAAUAAACUGAUCAGUCAUGAACUUUAAAAUUGCUGGAAAGCAAAAAUUAAUUCAUAAACUAAAUGAUGUGAACAGGGUACACUUAAACAUGAAUGAUGAAAUCAAGAAGAUAAGAAAUACAUUCAUUGUUUAAAAACCACCACUUAAAGAAAAUUAACAGACAAAAAUCGUGUUUAAAAUUUCAUUCAAUUUACAUAAUUGCUGAGUUGUAUCUGAGGACAUAACUGCGUGAACUGACUCGUAACAAAGCGGAGCUUCAUUGCAACUUGUUGCCAAAUUUUCAGAUGUUGAUUAACACAUUUUUACAUAA